CGUCAACAGCAAGCGACUGUCUUCGGUCUGUUUGUCGGCUGCUGAGCUAACAGCUGCACCGAUUGUGUUUUGGUUUGCGUUUGCUUCCCAUGUGCCGUUAUCAUGAGAAGCUGUCAGUAUCAGAAUUGGCCUGCCAGUCAGUUCUGCUGUAAAUCAGGUCUGAUCCAUGACUGAGUACUACGAGGAGGGGGGGCUGCUGUACGAGCAAUCACCUCCCAUGCACAUCAAAGUGGAGUCUCCGGAGGGACCCUUUGGGGGGGGAGCCUCAGAGAAUGGCUUCCCCCGGGAGGAUGAGGACUCAGAGGGCAGCUGCGACCAGAGCAGCGGAUUACCUGGAGGACUCCCUUUCAACGUGGUAGUGGUGCAUCCGAACAUCAUGGCACCUGGCAUGUCCUCUGAUGACCUUUUGUCUAUUGAACAAAACCGAGCUAUGUCAGCUGCACUGGCUGCUGGCGGCGCAGGAAAGAGAAAGAGUCGCUUCAGUGGAGCAGAGCUUGAAGUGCUGGUGUCUGAAGUUACUCGGUGUGAAGGAGAACUCUUUGGUCCGGCAGGAAGGCUCCGGAGGCGUGAGAGAGAGCGCAUCUGGGCGGGGAUCCUGGAGCGAGUUAAUGCUGUUUCCAGAGUACCACGAACCCUUCGAGAGGUGAAGAAGCGCUGGGAUGACUUAAAGAGGCGCAAUGGAGGCAGGCUGGCGGAUGCCCGCCACCGCAGCUGUUACCUUCCAUCCAGCAGAGGGACUUCAUUGCUUGGGCGUCCGUCUCAGCCAAGCCCCAGGCUUCAACAAGCCAGGCAGAAGCAAAGCACCAGACCAAAGCCCAGUUUUCCAUGCUUUCCUGACUCUGAUACAGGUGUAGGAGUUGAAGGAUCAGAGAGAGAUUGUUUGGAGAAAGAUGAGGACAAUCCUGAGCGUGACAGAGACAUGGGAGAACCUGAGUGUGAACCAGUAGAGAACAGUAUGGAGGACAAACUGGGAUUAGGCCUUGGUCUGGGAAUAGGACCACCCCCUCCAUCAGAACGAUGGCUGCCACCUUCUCCCCUCUACAGUGCUCCUUUCCUCAAUGGUAGCCCUCAGCCCAGCAGUCCUCAGCCAUCCCUUGGAGCACAGCAGGGUCCUCUUGAAGCACCUCCUCGCAGCUCCUGGCUUGAAGAUGAGCUACGAGGAUUGGGGGAAGCUGCAAUUCAGCUUGGAAAUCGGGUAGAAAAGAGUCUGCGGGAAUUUGGUGAAGGUUUCAGACAGGACAUGAGAACACUUGUUGCUUCACAAGAGGCAUUAGCAGUCAGUCUGCAACAAAACAAUGUCCUCUUGCAGCGGCUCUUAGGAGUGCUUGAAGCCCAGCAGCAACCACAGUCACAACAACAUCGUGUACAACAAGCACACCAAUCACAAACACCUCAACAGCACUUACAGCCACAGCCAGUUCAGCAGCAGCUGCAGCACAUAGAACCACAACAACAGCAGCAGCAACAGCGAAUUGAAACACCACAGCAGUCACAGCUACAACAGUCACAACAGCAUCAAACACAAAUACAGCAGCAACCACAGGUCAGCCAGAACUCAAAGAACCAGUCAUCUGUAACUGUGGUACCUGCACCAUCAUCCCCAGACAUACAUGAGUGCACUUUUUCCUCCAAUCCACUUACAGACACAAAUGGAAGUAUGCAGCGACCACGGCGAGGAAGAGCUGUUGACCACAGGCGCAGGAGAAGGCGCUGAGGAGAAUGUAUUCAAAGACUAUCAACUGCAUAUCAUUCAUAUUUGAUGUUUCAAAAUGUGACAAAAAAUGUUGCGCUUUUUCUACUGACAGUAUUUCAGUAAAAAUAGUCAUUUGGAGUGCUAUGCCCUACUCUGGAUCCAUCUUGCACUUAGGUUUGUAGUCAGAUGGAAAUGAAGCAGAUCAGAAAAUUAGACAUUUGAGAUCAAAGGGUGGCCUUAACAGAUUGGUUUUUCAGAGAUGUGUACAUAACUCUUAUUCUAAAAGACUCUAAAAACAGUGACUCUGUUGAGUGAAAACUUCACUCAUGGACUUUCAAGAUGCAGAAAGUGACAUACUGUAGGCGGUGAUGUUUAAUAUGCAUGUCUCUGUACAUGUUUUGCAGCAGAGCUGUAAAGCUCAAUGAUGCUUUUACUAGUUCAGUACUGACUCAGAUCUCCUGAUACACUAACCAUGUUGUCAUAAAGUACCUGUAACCUGCUGUUAUUACCAUAUAUUGUAGUUAUACAGCCAUUGUAAUUACCUACUAAUGUAUGCUUGUGCUUUUUAACAGUUUCAUGAUACAUACUUUUCCAACUUUGGUUGGACAAUAAAGCUAGACUGUGUUCUGUUCAGUGCAUUUUGAGACAAAAAUGUUGUAUUCCGAAGAACUGAGAGUUUUUGGAGAUAUUAAAAAUAAAGAAGAAACCCAGACAAAAACAUCAAAAAAUGUUUCAGGUUUAAAUUCACGUUUAUGCUUGAAUUUAAAAGCAUACAUAAGUAUGUAGGGGCUAUUUAUGAUAAUCUUGCAUGCAGUAACAUGGAUGUAUUUGUAAAUAGUUGCAAAUAAACAGAGUAUUGCCAUCACUUAAGUAGUUUUGCACAAGCUAUAUUUUGUAGAUAGCUACUGUUCUGAUGAAAUGUAAC